CGCCCAAAUAGAUCUAUCUAGAUGAUUAGAUCUACUUGACAGUUGAAUCACAUGAUUGAUGUUUUGAUGAUGAUGAUUCGGUUAGGGCUAGCUAGUAAUGGAUCCAUGGCUUCUAAAACUCGGUCUAAAAAUCAACUGAAUAAAAGAGGUGGUCACCGCAGUGUAUCAGUAGGUGAUUCACUGUAUGUGUGGGGUGGUGCUCAAGAUGGUUUGCCUAGAUUGCAUGAUAGUGAAGAGAAGAGAAGGGUCACUACUCACUAGUAUUUUACAGCUCUUUACUCCUUCAACUGGUCAAUGGAUUACUAGAGGUACUACUGGUACUCCUCCAUUAGGAGUGAUGCAAUACUCCUGUACUGCAAUAAAUGAUCAAUUGUAUUAUUUCGGGGGAUGGUGUGGCCAUGGCGACUGCCUUCACAACAGUAUUACUCAACUAGAUACCAUUAGCCUUCAAUGGAGAGAAUUAGAACCAACUGAUGCAACUAGACCAGUUAUGAUGAGGGGUUAUGGUGGAAUGAUAUCAAUUGAACAUGAUGGAAUACAUCAUUUACUAAUGAUAGGAGGAAUGGGAUCUAAACCAGCUGUACAGCUACCACAUAAUAGAUAUAUUAAGUUAUCUAGUGCACACUGGUGUACUAAUGAACACUCAAUGUAUAAUCUAUCAUCAAGAAAAUGGAGCAAUCCUUCAAUCAUUGGUCAGUGUAUGCUACCUGCUAAUGGCUUUGUCAUUGAAAAGAUCAAUAAUACUAGAGCUGUUGUGUUUGGUGGACGAGAGACUGAUGAUGAUGCUAAGGAAACUGUUACUGACAAUAUUUAUAUAUUAGAGAUAUCAAUCAGCAGUGUGUUCUGGCAGUGUCUAAAGAAACCUGAAGCAAUUAUAGACCAAUGGCCUGUGGGUAGAUACUAUCAUGCAGGUGCUAUUAUUAUAACUGGAUGUCCUAUGCUAGUGAUAAGUGGUGGGUGGGAUAAGAAUAAUGAUACAUUAGAGGAUUGUUGGAUCUUCAACAUCAUUCAACAUUCCUGGAUAAAGUUAGAUGUACCUCACUCUGUUAGUAAGAGAUUUGCACAUUCUCUAUCAGUGUUCAUUAUGAGUCCUCAUUGUGUUUGGAUGGUAACAGCUGGAGGAAUUGUUGAUAUAACUUGGAAAUUAGUCACUAAUCCUAAAGUUGUUAUGUUAACUGAACUAGUUACUAACAGUAAAGAAGAGUGGGCAGUAGGUGAUACAUUAGAUACCAAUGGUAUAAAUAGUGAAGAAUGCAAAAAGAAAUAUCAGCAGCAACUACAGUUAGUAAGAAGAAUGUGGUUGGAGGAGUACCAGAAACCAAGAAAAGGAGAUACGGCUGAUAUUGAGCAAACUGUACAAGUUCUUAAUGAAGAAAUAAGAAGAUAUUGUCAUCAGCUACAAGAGAGGGAUAGAGAGCAUCAGGUGAUACUGCAGGAGCUACAAGAGAAGAGUAGGGAUCUACUUCAAUCUCAAGAGGCAGUUCGUAGGUACCAGCAACAAGCACUUACUGAUGAUCACUGGGUUAUUAAUAAAGAUGAGGUGAUUUUGACAAAGGAGGAGCUAGGAAGAGGAUCUUAUGCUGUCGUUACAGUUGGUAUCUUUAGAGGUUUAAGAGUAGCUGUCAAGUCACUUCAUACUAUCAUCAUCUCAGAUUAUAAUCUAGCUCUCUUCUCCAGGGAAAUGAAUAUAGCAUCACGAGUACGUCAUCCUAACCUGGUCCAGUUUAUUGGUGCAACUAAAGUGGGUAAUCCUCUCGUCUUGACUGAGCUGAUGAGCACUAGUCUUAAUCAGGAGCUUCGCAAAAGCCAAUUAACCAAUCAACAGAUUCUCAGUAUUGCUCAUAAUGUAGCUUUAGGCCUCAACUACCUUCACCUAUUCAAGCCUCAGCCUAUUAUUCACAGAGAUAUCAGCAGUCCUAAUGUAUUAUUAAAGCCUUGCACUGGACCUGCUGGUUAUGAUUAUGAAGCUAAAAUAGGAGAUUAUGGUACAGCCAAAAUAGUGCAAGCCGAAAAUACUGAUACUGUUAUGCCAGGCAAUGUUGCAUAUGCUGCACCAGAAGCUCCUAUUCCUGAUCAACACAGUCCAGCAAUGGACGUCUACAGUUACUCAAUUCUCCUUAUGGAAAUGAAUUUGUGCUCUCGACCAGAAAUGACGACAGCAGAAAGAGAAUUGCAAUCUUUUAGUAUCUCCUGGUCUGAUAUGAAGUCUCUCAUACAAAGAGGACUUAAUGCUAAUCCUAGAGCUCGUCCAACUAUGGCUCAAGUAAUAGAGUCAUUGAAAGGGAUGAAGAUUUGAUUACAUGUAAUUGUUUGUAAUCUUAUUAUUACUACUGCCCUUUAGUUAGUUUUCUAUUAUUUUAGCAUGCUUUGUGUCUUUUUUUUAUUUCCUUUUUUUAAUGUUGUAUUAAUUCUAAAGUGUUAAA